AUUGUAAGGGUGGGGGAUAUUGUUGGUGUAUAAAAGAAGAGAGGGGAUCUUCUUCUUCCAUAACCUUCGACAACCGCCGCCCAUAACACCUCAUAAUCGCCGGCGAACAACAAACUAAGCUUCGAUCCUCCGUUCAACCCAUCAUCGUCACUACCAUCAGAGCUGAGCAACCAAUCUUCACCUUCCAACACUAACAAACCUCCUUCAUCAAUAUCCUCCCUCCCUCUUCUUCCUUCAAACCAAACCUUUUACGGAGGAUCAGCAAUAAUGGGAAGAGUUGUAAAAAACUGCAGCAGCACUUACAGUCAUGAUUCCGACUCUUCAGAGUUGUUUCUCAAUCAAGACUUGAUGCUUCCUAUACUUGCUUUGCUUCCUCUCAACUCGCUGCUCAACUCUGCAAGGUAUGUUUGCAAACAAUGGGCAACUACUAUUCGCACUUCCCAUUUUGCUCAAGCAUGUCUACGGCUUUCUAAACCCGGUCUUUACGUUGAAAAUCGUCACUUUGGAACUCGUUCUUAUUACUUGCAUAUCAAAAAUUAUGCCAACGGUCAGUUUGAAUUUGAAAGGACUGAUUUGGGAACGCCUUUAAUAGCCGGAAUGGUUAUAGAUAGUUGUAAUGGCAUAUUGCUCAUGCUUUGUUGGACUUGGAAUCCUGCACAAACACAAGCUUUCCUCGUGAACCCAGUCGUGAAGUCUUGCCUUAAACUUCCUCCGCUACCCUUAUUCCGAGAAGGCCCGUUACUUGCAAUUCAAUUUAAUAUAGUUUGUGUUCCUCGCACUGCUAAAUUCAAGUUGUUCUUCAUCGACAUCGUGGAGGUUUCGGGUGCUUUUUAUUAUGUUUUCUAUGUGCUAACAAUUGGAGUAGAUAACUUGUGGAAAGAGAUAGAUAGAAAAGAAGCUCCGGUAAACUGGGAUAAUAUUUGGAAACCACUUUAUGAUGGAGCCAAUUAUCUUUACUGGAUAUCUAUGCACCAUGAAAUAACUGUGUUGGAUGUUGACAAGGAAAUUAUUGUAGGAAAAUUUCCACUUCCCCCUUUGCCUGUGGUGGAACCUCGUUCUCUUACGACAUUCUUAUGGAAGGGAAAUCAACUUUCUUGCACUGUCCGUAGUCUUCGUAAUGAAACAUAUCAAAUCUACAUUCUGGAUUUUGAUUCUGGAAAAUGGUCAUUUUAUCAUGAAAUGGGACCGUUUGAUUAUGUGGCUGCUUGCGGUCUUGACCUUGUUAUUUUGCUUCUUCUAUUUCGUUACUGGAUCCACGAUCAAAUCAUCUUUCGAGUAGUUAUAUUUCCAAGGACAGAAGAAAAUUGGCCUAGAGGCAAACACACCAUGCAUUUUAGUUACAAUGUCAAUACUAGACAACUCACAAAGAUUGAGGACAUUGAUAUGGGCAGUCAUGAGGUAUGGCUUCACACCAACAGCCUAGUUUCGUUGCCAAGUAUUCAACAUAGUUAGGUUAGGUAAUCUUUAUAUUUAUCUUUGUUGGCACAACUGGUUUUUAUGUUUCUAUUUAGUUAUGUAUGUUGGCGCUGGCCGAACAAAAGAUGAAUUGUUAACAUGUUUAUUUUUAUUUUAUUUAUCAAACUUACCUUGUUACUCAA